UUGUCUUAAAGCGAUUCAAAAGUAUAAGAAGAAGGAAGUUUUCGGGAAAGAUUGUGUAGUGUACGAGAGAAAUGGAUUUUUAAGUUCAAAAUUCGCCAGUAGAAAAUAAUUCAAAAUUUUGGAAAUAAUUUCGUCGAAAAUUUUUUUGGAUUUAAUUUCCAAUUUUAAUCAAUUCUUAACUUAACUGGUUCCUAGUAACUUCAUCCUACAUUUGCUACAAUAUGGUCACAACAAUCACAAUCAUUUUCUUCGUCAGCAAACUGUGCCAUUUGACGGGGGCUAUACUCGAUCCGAAUCUAAUCCAUUCAUCGACAAUUAACCCAAAUGAUAUGCUUUCAACAUCUAUGUCAACUGUACAUUUUGCCCAGACAAACGGUAACGAACGACCCCCUCAAAUCGAUUCGCUAUCACAAAACCGACACAUUCUGAGAGAUAAACGGAAUGUUAAGCGUGGCGAAAAGAAUUUUGUUCGACUGGGCCGAGACGGUGAAGACUAUUCAAGGUACCAACGGAGUGAAAAGAAUCUAAUUCGUUUCGGACGCAAUGAUAAUUCCAAAGGCAAUGGUUUCAUUCGAUUGGGUCGCAGUGAAAAGGGUAUGCUUCGAUUCGGCCGGAAUGACAAUUCAGAAGCUAUGAGAUUUGGACGACGAGGCGACAAAUUUAUACGGUUCGGUAGAAAUAACGGUGGAAUCGAUAAUAUCAACUCGAAAGAUAGUUUCUUUGUAGCGCCCAACUUGAAUGCGGCGGAGAGUUCACUUCAACCGUCGAGAUCGAUCAACAGACCUGGAAGGACGGACAAAUACAUUCGAUUUGGUAGGGGCGACAACGGUUUUGUCAGGCUGGGCAGAAAAGACGAAGACUUUCAAUAUGCACCGGACAGCACGACCUCUGAUGAUAAUGAUAGUGAAGAAAAAGAGGAAAAUGUUUUAGUUGAUGAAGACAACAAUCCCAAUUCAAUGCAACUUUAUUACAUGCUACGAAAGAGUAACGAUUUACUACCAUCAGGAUUAGAUAGUGUGUCGCCUAGUACACCUCUAGAUGAUGACUAUCUGAUGAAUUUUAAGCUCAAUUAUGAUAAAAAUUCGUUUAAAAACAAUGUACUGUAAAGAUAUUGAACAGAAAAGUAUUAUGAAAUUAUAAAUUUAUAUUCUAAAAUCGCGGUACCUCCACAUACUACGCUACCAUUGUGUGUAAAUAAAAAUGUGUACUUCCUAUGUGAAUUCGUAAUCAUUACACAAAUAUAUUUGAAUUAAACUCAUUUUCAUUUUAUUUAAUACUGCUCACACAACGCUACCAAUGAAUAUAAUACACACUUUAAAAUUCGGUGAUAUGCUGUGGAUUAUUGGCUGGAUCCAGAGCAUAUUGCGACUAUUCAAACUAUUUUGCAAUCUAUGUAUGUUUGUAUCGAUUAACAAGAGAAUUUUGAAAAUUAUAUUAAAAGUGAAGAAAACUGAUUUGUCGACAGAGUUUAUGUACGACUAAUAUUAUAAAGUAAAAUAAACUGAUAAAA